UUUCGGUUUCCAAAUUGAGCGGUUUUCUCGUUAAAACCGUAGAAAUCCUAGUACCUAUCUGCUCUAUAUUACGGAGUGAUCCACAUUUAACGUAAGGCACUCGUGAUUUCGGAAAACACUGAUGUUUUUGAAAUUAUUUCUUGUACAUAAUAGUUGAAUAUUAGUGUUGUAUAAAACAUUUUUUGGAAAAAAUUAUAUUUUUUUCUAUUUUUAUCGUUACUAUUUUUCUUUAAGUUUUUACUCAUUUAUACAACAACUUAUAUUUUUAAUUCGAAACAGAAUAUUAUUCAGAGUAUUAAAAAUCAAAUUUUGGACUGGUAGUUUAUUAGUUACAGUUAAUAUUUAAAGUUAAGAUGAGCGGAGUAGUGACCUUUCUUGUAGGGUACUUACCAGUGUCAAUACGACAAUACCAUUAGUCCAAAAUUCGAUAUUUAUUUACCGGAGUACAUCAAAAAAAUAUUCUGCUUUGAAAUGAGGAAUCAAAAAUCGCAUAUUUAUCGUUAUUGAAAAAUAGUAAAAAAUGAGAACUACAAUAUUUUUUUUAGUCGUUUUUAGACGACUUAAAUUAAUGUAAAAUAAAAUAUUUUUUCCAAAAACCAUUAUAGUGUAAAUAAAUAAAUAAACGAAAAGUGGAUCACCCGGUAUAAUAUUAUAAUAUUAUAUACCUACGUACGUCGAUUCGGUCGGAAGUCAAUAUAAUAAUAAUAUAUACAUUAUAUAGUAGGUAUCUGAUAUAUCAUAAAAAAUCGUUUGAUAUUUACUUAAGUUACAUAAAUCGCGCCGUUAUGGCAAUCGCGUCUAUAAAAAUAAUAUUAUUAUGGAUAUCGCGGCGGUCAACGUAAACAUAUUACAAUAAAUCAUAAAUAUAUACACUGUCACGGAGUGUCGAAACCGUCGAGCUCGUCGGCCGUAUCAAAUUAAUUGCCUCGGCACACGUACCUAUAAGUAUGUAUGUAUAUAUCGUAUUCGUUCGGAAGCUAUAUUAUAAUACAAUUAUAUAUAUUUUACCGUGUUAAACGAUAAUGAACUGUCGUAAAUCGGCGGCGACGCGUUGUCUGUAAUAAUACAUAUUUUGUCGGUUUUUUUUUUUUUAUUAUUAUUAUUUUAAUAUUAUUUUUUUCGCCCCCGGAAUAUUGGCCCCGUUUUCCACACUGCACAAGGACGUGAGAAAAACGUGAAAAUUCGCGCCAUUUUUUCGUAUCGUACGCACACGACUGCCGCCGCCGCCGCCGCUGUUAUAAUGCGGACAUAAUAUUAUUAUAAUAUUAUACGACAUAGGUGUGGGGGGUCGUAUAGGACGUAAUUAUAGAGAAAAAAGCGACGGAAUGUCUAUCGUGCCGCAGACGAUAUAAUAUUAUAUUAUAAUUUAUUUAAUGACAUUAUGUCAUAUAAUAAUAUCAGAAUAUAAUAAUAUUAGUGGGUGUAGGUUAGGGUUUAUAUCGAUUCGUGUUUGUUCGUCAGCUAUACACACACUGGACAGCGACUAUAAUAUAGAGUACGCCGCCGCUGCGAUGUACUCUCUGGAAGAGUUUAUUUUCAUCAUUUAUUAUUAUUAUUCGUGCACACAUAUUUCGUUGUUUGUAUUUACCUAUCGAAAACACGUCGCGUUCACGUCCGGGGAACGUUUUGUUUUUCAUUUCGUCGGAUAUUAUGUUAUUUUGUUUUCCCCGACGAGUGCAAUAUUGUUGUCUCGUGCGAUGCGUUUUAAUGCGUUUCCGCCGUAUCAAAGAGACAAUAAUAAUAAUAAUAAUAAUAAUAUAAUAAUGUAUCGGCGAAAUUGUUUUUUUUUUUUUUUUUUUUAUUCGUAUUUGGGUGACUGGAACGUGACAUUAAAUUUUGUGGUCAUGGUUUUCGUAUCGGUGAAUAUAGUAUUUUCGCCAAGGACGAAAAUAUAUUAUUAUUAUUAUUAUUAUUAUUAUUAUAUUACCCAUAAUCGUUCGCCCUGUCGCGAACGUAACAAAGUAUGUAUAGGUACACCAGGCAUACGACAAAAUAAUAAUUAAAAAAUGCAAUCACAAUGCGAAUGGCAGUGUGCAGUGUGCGUCUGAUAUACAAUAUGUUCAUAGUCUAUGUUGUAUAACAUAAUAUCGUAUGAGUACAAAACCGAAUUUAAACGUUUUACAGGUAAGCAUUAUUAUGGUAUAAGUAUUAUAUGAUCAUUGGGUUUUAUUUCUAUCUAAACAAUAAUAAUUUAUUGAUAAUAAUAUGUAUCAAUUAUUUGCAAUUAAUUUUCGGCUGAACGUGUUGAUUGGUUGUACUGUUAUGUAAAGCCAACUCCGAAUAAACAAAAUGCAUUUAAGUUUCAGAAGAAUUUGUCAUUGUUAUUAUUUGCGAAUUUCCAUUAGCUUUAACCUUGGGUGUAGAGGAGCUGGCGGGGAGAUAAAAAAUACAUAAACGAAGCCCUGCGAGCGACGAAACGUUUAGUAAUGUUUCCCAUUCAGCUAACGCGUAUUCGGUGGUAGACGUUAAUUUUUUUUCUCGCGUUAAACACACGUCUUAUAACUGCAAAUUGUGUGCGAUAGAUGUAAUUUUUUUUUUUUUUCGUUCAAUUAUUUUACAGUUACUAAACCUGCAACAUUGUGAUAGGUAUCGAUGUUCUGUGAUGCCAAUUAAUCAUGGUGGCCCUAGGCAUGAUGGCAUGCAUGACCUUCACGUUGUUUUGGGGUAAAAAUCCAUUUUCCGCUACAAUGACGCCCAGGGGUCGAUGCGAAGGUUGUUGUCCAAUAAACGAAAAAGAGGACAUCGCAUUUUUUUCAUAUUCGAGGAACAACCCUUUUCGUCCGAAACGCAUAUACAUCGGCGACGAUGUCUCCCUGCGCGGAGCCAAUAUGAUGCAAAAUUUGACCACAGUCAUCUACGUUCACGGGUUUACAGAGCAGGGAAACUCCAAAGGCGCGGAGACCAUAAAAAAAGCGUAUUUACACCGAGGAGGAGUGAAUAUUAUAAUAGUCGAUUGGAGUCCGAUGUGCGCAUUUCCGUGGUACAGUCACGCAGUGCUCAAUACACGUAUAGCCGCUAAAUACUUGGCCAAGUUCAUCGAAUAUUUAGUGUCCAGAAGAUUCUAUCUGUCCAAAAUACAUUUAAUUGGAUUUAGUCUGGGCGCGGAAAUAGCCGGGUUCACCGGCAAGAAUCUGAAAAUCGGAAAACUUCCAAGAAUCACAGGACUCGACCCCGCUUUUCCGCUGUACAUGUGGACGGGCAAGAUGGGACACUUGACGCCUUCGGACGCGGAGUUCGUGGACGUGAUACACACCGACGGCGGUGUAUUCGGAUUUCCGGUGGCCCUAGGUCACGCCGACUUUUUCCCGAACGGAGGUUUUCCACUGCAGCCCGGGUGCACCCUCCGGGAGCUGUCGAAGACCAACCUCAUCACCAGAAUCAUGGCUUGCAGUCACGACAGGGCGUGGGAGUAUUUUGCUGAAUCCGUCAUCAAUCCAAUUGGAUUCCCUUCGUUGCGAUGCCUAAACUACGAAUCAUUUACCAACGGCACGUGCUUCAGAGACUUCGCAUACUCCAAGGAACACAAAGUCCAGUACAUGGGAUUAGCAGUCAACAAACAGAUCAGAGGUCAAUUCUACUUGGCUACCAAGCCGGCGGCGCCGUUCGCGUACAAUAAAAUAUAUAAACCCUAACACCGCGGCGUGUUUGUAGAACUGUUUUUUUUUUAGUUUAAGAAAAGAAAAAGAAAAUUAAACUUGUUUCCUACUUUGCAUAAAAAUAUGUUCUCGGAAUCAAUUUGAUUAAAUUAUGCGCUACAUCAAUA